AUGCGCCGCGCAUCGCGCUUCACUCCCUCGCGCCUCUUCUCCACGCCUCCUCCUUCGGACGAGGACAACAGAGUCAGACUCCCAGGCAACGGCCUGCUCGGAACCUGUCGCGCAUUACAAUCACUCCUCAGCUCACCAGGACCAUCAUCGCGCCGCACGAAACCAGCUCGUCUACAAAGCCCGCUCACGUUCCGCCCAAUGCCGCCAUCGCCAGCUUCAUCGCGAAAGAGCAAGAGGCGCUCGCGUUCUCCUACCUACAAUCACAAACUCCUAUCACCGCGACCAUCGAGAGGGCCUACUAAGCGGAGACGCGGUAUAUUUGAGGAAGAUAUGGAUGUUGUAGUUGACGGGAGUUCGAGCACAGGUUGCGCUUUUGAUUCACAAACCCCAUCCACACCCAAACGAUCGCGACACCUCCCCUACGAACUUCCCCUCGGCCUCUCCCAAAUGGAUUUCUACUCCCUCCAAUCGCCACCCAUUACAGAAUCUCCGCCGGCUUCUGCGACAUGCCAACGGGAACAAACACCAUCGAUGCCGUUAUACAACCCCGACGCAGCUCUUCCUUCAAUUGAAAACCCCGUCAUAGAGCAGAGCUCAGAGUCAAGCGAAACCACUCCCACUGAUGACAGUCAAUGGACAAGUGACGAGGAUGACCGCCUUGUGCAACUCGUACUGGAGAAAUUUCAGCUUUCCCAGCGCGACUGGGACGAGUGCGCAAGGCGCAUGGGCAAAGACCAUGCAAGCGUCGGCCAACGAUGGCAGGUCCUUGUUGGAGAUGGGAAUGUUGCUUUCAAUCUCUACCUAUCGAUCAGCCUAACAAACUAUUCCGGUCACUCUCCCAUUCACUUCCAACGCUUCUAUUUCUGA